AUGGCGUCGAUAGCGCUACCGCGACACCAAGCCAUGCCGAGUCCUGAUUAUGCCUACCGCAUGGGCUCAGCCAUCCACCAACGGAGUACCUCAAUGAGCUCACCUGUGGAAUUAGUCCCGAAUCCUCACUUCGUGUUUCCCAUGAGAGCUGAAGAGCCUCCCCGGUCGGAGUCUCCAGCAUUGAAGAACUCCACAAGCCGUCCUGUCUCACUUCCACCAGCGAGGCGUGGUGUCGGCACUGGCUCUGGUCAGCGUCGGUCUGCCAGUGCUCUUCCAGCCUUCAGCUUCAACCCUUCCGGCUCCUCCACCUCGACCCACACAACUACACCACCAGACUCUCCGCUACCACCUACGAUGCCGGUGACGCCUUCGAGAGCAGUGGGUCACAGACGUGGCGGCAGUGAGUUCAUUGGCGGAGACGGAAAGGCAGGUGGAGCGGGUCUGAGGAGCUCCAGUCCGACCAAGGGCGAAGGCGUCCUUCCUGCACCGACGUCCGAAGUGAUAUUCGGACCGCCAGCAGGCAGGCGUGGUCACGCCCACCGCAGGUCGGGCGCUGUCUCUUGCCAUGAUCUCUCGUCCAUAUUACAGCCAAAGGACGCCAACACCAGGACACAAGCGGGAAGCGCUCCCGUCACACCGCUGAAAGACGAAGUGAAGCCUCUGUUGUCGACCAACCUGGAUCAGGGCGCUCCGCCAUCAUCUUUGCGACGUCACUCGGCUGAGGAGUCCGGACUGUUCCGCAGCGACUCGGACUCAUCGCCGACACGGCGACCUUUUUCACGUGCGCGAGUCGGGUUCUCAGAUCGCAUAGAGUACAUCCGUCCCUUGUCCACCAUUUCAUCCGAAACCGAGAGCUCUAUAUCCACUCUGCGCGGCCACUCCGUAUCUGGCAGUCUCUCGUCCGUCAUCAGCUCUGGGGCAGCAAGCCCUCCGCCAUCGAGGAUGACAAGACCGUCCUUAAACACGACCUUUGAGGAUGGAAAUGGACGCAGACCAAACACUGCCGGAGCGAUUCUGGAUGGAAUUGCCGCGAGGCAUUCUUUUGGCGAACUAUCAGCUGCACCAAAGAGACCCAUGUCUGCGAUGGCGACCUCGCCUAAUCCGUCUGGGUCUACCGGCAGCCCGGUCAGCCCUCAUAUCAAGACGAAGAGGAGGGCUAUCUUCGGCUUUGAAAACCGCCGCAGUGAACCGACACUCCCCGCCACUGAGGCGGCAUUCUCCACCUCGCCUCCCAGGUCUCCCCUGGUGUCGGACGAGGCAGCCACUACGGAUAUUGGCAAGGUUGAAUCCGAUGAGGAACAGUCGACGUCAAAGCGGAAACCCAACUCGAAGCCACCGAAGGUCAUGUCGUGGGCCAAUUCUCUGAUAUCCCGACGGUCCUGGUCACAUGGUGCCCGUGUCAAGCCUGCGGUACCUCUAGAGCCCGAACCUGUGUCUCACGAUCGCAUUCCCUCGCCUGCUCUUGCCUCGCCUGCCUCGGAUGACGGUAGUGUCUUCGGCAAUUUUGAUGUUGACGACACUGUCACGAUCGUCUCUACGCCUGCCAACGUAGCCUUGCAAUCGAAAUUGCGGACCAAUCUGGCACCCUGGAGGCCGAAAGAGCGAACCUACUCGGAUUCGGAUGCUGAUGCCCUGAGUCCCACCAUCGAUCUAGACGCAGCCAUGGGACCCUUCAAUUCAUCAUCUCUCGGUUCCGGCGCAAGCCCCCGUCUACGUGGUCGUGAUUUCGCAGUGGCUCGGAGGACGAUGCACAGUGCAAGUGGCUUCGCAGGUUUCCAAAACCACCGAAGAAGCGAGAGUGCGCCUGCCCUGGUUCCCUUCCAGUUCAUGCCUGCGGCGAUGGCAAGCAAUACCAGCAUGCCAGAUGUGUUCGAGGAAGACGAGGAGGAAGAAAGCGUGCCAAAGAUGGGUAGCGCGAGUUCUUCGCCCCCUGCAAAGUUUACAGGCGCGGAUGACGAGGAAGAGCAAAGGAUGGGCGUCCAGGUUGUUGAGGCCGACAGCGCCAAGAACGGUCGGGCGAUGGACUGGAGCUUCGACAACGGCCUAGGUAUUCAGCGUCCGAAGCUGGAGAGGCAAGUUAGUCCCAUGUCCAAAGUCGAUCAGGCGGCGGUACAGGAUUCCGUGGGUACCCCAUCGCUGGAUCCUACUCAGGCUGUAGUCCCUCGCGGAACGAGCCCAGUAGAAGUGGUCGACGAUGACGAGGAGCCCCGAACAUAUUCGAGGGCCAGGUCAUCCGACUCGUCCGCUACUCCUACGCUUCUUUCAGAGGAACUCAAGGAGCCGCCGCCUCUGAUGAUCCACCAGCUUCCCGUCCCUCAUCAGUCGUUCGGGACACCAGACACGAUCACGACCUCAUCCUUCUCGUCGCCUAAGUUCAGCGUCAGCCAGACUUCCCUAGACACUCCUCGACUCGGCACAGCCGCAUCUUCGGUUGCCGAGAACCGCCACCAUUCGCUCUUAGCAGGCGAACCGGGCCCCGACAUGCGCAUCUCUGUGGAUGAUGUACCUUCUUUGACCAGCAGCAGAUCUACAAUGACCAGUGCUAUGCAGAACCCCUUCACUACAUGCGCUCCUCGCUUUCCUGGCGGUCGGUCGGAGUCGGUGACCUCACUCCCUCGCGCUGAGUCCACGGAGCGUAGAACGAAGCGCUCCAGCAUCGCGAGUCUGUCCAGGCUUAUGGGUGGCUCUUUUUCGGAGAGGAGCAAGCUGUCAAUCGAGCAUACAGCUCAGACAGAAUCAGCACGGCCUAUGACAGCUCCCAAGCCGAAGACGGCCCGGCGCCUCAGCAAAAUGAUGCUUUUCUGGAAACGAAAGGAGUCGACCUGA